UGCUGAAGAUAGCUCCCCAAAAUGGGAAUGUAUUGAUUGUAAUCAUAUGUGUAGUCAUUCUCUAAAGUCUCAUUUUACAUUCCUUUGGCUUUCUAGUUAUCACUAUAAAUAUUUAGAUUUGGUAAUUAAAUUACGGAAGAGGAGAAAGUCCAGCCCACAUUUCAAACUUGGCCAACCCUUGUUGACAAAGGGAUAGCCUGGUCUACUAUACUGCUUUUUUUUCAGCUGGCCUCCUUUGAAAUGUUCUUUUUUCCCAAAAAUUUUCUGCAUGGAUACCGAGUGAUGUGUUACACAUCUUCUAUCUCAGCAUUAUUUUAAUCAGAUAUUAUUUCCAUGAUGGACAAUACCCAAAAAACUCUAAAGGAGGAAGUGAAUGACACAAAGGAACUGGGAGAUAAUACUGAAAAGGAAAAUAAAUCUCCUGGAAAGAUCAUUUAUUUUGCAAAUGGUGAAACAAUGGAAGAAUGCAGUUCAGAAGAAGAUGUUGUGGAAAGCAAUCAGAAGCCAUUACUUGACACUGCCAAUCUCUCUUGGGGUAAUUACCUACGAAGUUGGGUACAUCAAAUUGUAGCCACAGCAUUUUUUGCUUGUGAAUUUCUUGGUGGGAAAUUUGUCACAUUCCUUGGACUCAAUGACUCUAAAUAUCAGUAUGCAGUGGAUGAAUACUACAGGACACAAAAUAAGAAAAAUGAAAGUGAUGAAGAUGGUGAGGAGAUGUCAGAAAUGAAGGAGACAACCACAUCAAAUGAAAAGUACCACCUAGAAAUGAAGCAGCUAAGAUAUGGGUCUAUUAAUUGCAACAACAUUCCUUUCCUUCCUCAGAAAGACACUGUUGCAAAUGUAAAUGAACUUGAAGAAAGUGGGCUGCAAAAUCUAAAAUAAAUCAAAAUUAUGGGAUAUAAAAUGUGCAUUGUUACUUUUGGCUGGAUCAAAAUAUCUAAUCCUCAGGUACAUGUAUUGAGAGGUUAAAUCAGUUCUCUUGGUGAAUUAUUUGAUCUGUAUGGAUUAAAAUGGACUGUUUUACACUACACUACCGUAUACAUCAACAUUACUACUGUUAUUGUUUCUGGAUUGUACUUGGUUAAAUUUUGUUUUUCGUUUUAUUACUCAGAGUUAUGUUAUGGGCUGAGUAGAAAUAUAAAUUGUUUAAAUAAAUAAUAUAUAAACCAAUCUUUUGGGGGAAAUCAAGAAAAAAUACCAUAGGAGGCUCUAUAGUAUAAGCUAAUACUAAUAUAACAAUCAAACAGUGAAACACCUUAACUUUAAUGGUCUGUUUAUGAAUUAAACUGCAUUUGAUUUA